AUGAGGGACAGUGCCAACCUGCAAGAUGAAGGGACAGUGCUAGGGUGCGAGAUGAGGGACAGUGCCAACCUGCAAGAUGAAGGGACAGUGUCAGGGUGUGAGAGGAAAGAACAAUACCAGAGUGCGAGUGAUAGGGACAGUGCCAGGAGGGAUCCUGACCUGGCCUGUAUCCCGACUCCGGCCCGUAUCCCGACCUGGCCCGUAUCCCGACCCGGCCUGUAUCCCGACCUGGCCCGUAUCCCGAUCCGGCCCAUCCCGACCCGCCUGUAUCCCGACUCCGGCCCCUGUAUCCCGGACCUGGCCAGGUAUCCCGACCCGGCCCGUAUCCCGACCCGGCCUGUAUCCCGACCGGCCGUAUCCCGACCCGGCCCGUAUCCCGACACGGCCCGUAUCCCGACACGGCCCGUAUCCCGAUACGGCCCGUAUCCCGACCCGCUCAAUAUUCGUCUAGUGUGGAGGGUUGUGGCGCCAGGUGGAGCUGUGGCGCCAGAUGGAACUGUGGUGCCAGGUGGAGCUCAGGCGCCAGAUGGAGCUGUGGCGCCAGGUGGAGCUGUGGCGACAGAUGGAACUGUGGUGCCAGGUGGAGCUGUGGCACCAGAUGGAACUGUGGUGCCAGGUGGAGCUGUGGCGCCAGGUGUAGCUGUGGCGCCAGGUGGAGCUGUGGCGCCAGGUGGAGCUGUGGCGGCAGAUGGAGCUGUGGCGCCAGAUGGAGCUGUGGCGCCAGAUGGAGCUGAGGCGCCAGAUGGAGCUGUGGCGCCAGAUAGAGCUGUGGCGCCAGAUGGAGCUGUGGUGCCAGGUGGAGCUGUGGUGCCAGGUGGAGCUGUGGCGCCAGGUGGAGCUGUGGCGCCAGGUGGAGCUGUGGCACCAGAUGGAACUGUGGUGCCAGGUGGAGCUGUGGCGCCAGGUGUAGCUGUGGCGCCAGGUGGAGCUGUGGCGGCAGAUGGAGCUGUGGCGCCAGAUGGAGCUGUGGCGCCAGAUGGAGCUGUGGCGCCAGGUGGAGCUGUGGCGCCAGGUGGAGCUGUGGCGCCAGGUGGAGCUGUGGCGACAGGUGGAGCUGUGGCACCAGGUGGAGCUGUGGCGCCAGGUGGAGCCAGGCGCUGGGUAGAGCCAGGCACCAGAUGGAACUAA